UUAUAUUCGGGUUAUUAAAAAUUUUCAAAAUAAUAUUUUUCCCAUAAAAUUGUUAUUAAAAUUAAUAAAACCUAUUGAAAUAUGUAAAAAAAUGUUUAAUUUAUAAUAUUUUAUAUAGUUUUAAAGUGAAAUUGAUUUAUAAUAAUCAAGUUAAUCCUAAGUUAUUGUUUUACAUUUCCAUUGGUAUCUAGUUAACUAAGAAUAAAUAAGAAAUAAAUGACAGUUUUAAGAGAGGGUAUUCAAAUAUAAAAUGAACCCCUCAGAAUUAAGAAUGAUGUGGAUGAGUCAAUACAAUCCAGAACGUAUCUCUCUUGAGGAUGCAACAUCAUUUUUUCACCCUACCGUUGGUCUUUCAGUAAUGGAUGAUUUAACACAACAACAAACUAUGGAUUUAAAUCCAAUGAUGAGUUUAGUUGGGGGGGAUUUCAAUAAUCAGGCUGCGGCUGCAGCCGCUGCAGUAGCAGCUUCAAACGCUUCAGCGGCCGCUGCUGCAGCAGCAGCAUGUGCAGCCUCAUCAGCUGCUGUUGCAUUAGGUGUACAACCUACAACACUAUUGGCAACAAAUGCAAAUGACAUUUAUGGUUUGGCCCAUAUGGGUGGUUUGCAUCAACAACUGUUACAGCAAUCCGCAACAGCAGUAUUUCAAAAUUACGCAUCAAUGGAUGAUGAUGGCGGCACCACGAAUCUGAAUAAUGCCCUAAAUGCUGCUGCAGCUGCUGGUGGCAUAUUGGUCAAUAGUAAUGGUAAACCUAUUACAUCAGCACAGUUCUUAACAACCGAUGAUGGGCAACAGCAUCAUUAUCAUCUACAGCAACAGCAUCAUCAGCAAAUGUAUGAUCAAAUGGAUGAUAGCUAUGAAGAUGGUAUAUCGGGAUUAACGCCCAAACAGGAAAUCAUUAAUAUCGAUGAUUUUGUUAUGAUGACCGAUUCGAAUUCAUACGACGGCACCGAUUUCAUUAACAGUGACGAUAAGUCAGCAACUGGUAUCGAUAUUACUCAGCCACAUGAGGUUGCUGACCAAGAUCUUCUAGUGCCAAUGAGUGAUGAACACAAAAUAUUAAGUGAAGCUGCUGCUGCAGCAAAUUGCAACCUUUUAGCUGCUGCUCAAGCAGCCUCAACAUCCGCUAAUUCUUUAUCUUCUCGUGGUGGUGGUGGUCUUGGUGGUGGUGUUGGUACAAGUACUCACAGUGGUGGUGGUAAUUUACGUUCUCAACGUAAAACACGUAAAAUUGAACCAGUCAAUCGUCCUGGUUUAGUGUUGAAAACACCAAUUGCCUACAGGGGCAAUAUUGAUCCAUCUGUUAUACCAAUACAAAAAGAUGGCAUGGCCGUAUGUGAGCGUUGUGGAGCAAUAGGUGUAAAACAUACGUUUUAUACAAAAUCUCGUCGUUUCUGUAGUAUGGCAUGUGCUCGUGGUGAGCUGUAUUCUUUAGUGGUGAAUAAUAAGGCAACAGGAGCUACGAGUCUGCAGCAGCAACAGCAGAAUCAACAACAGCAGCAACAGAUUGAAAAUAUGGAAAACAAUUUAAAUGAAAAUCUACUGCAACAGCAGCAACAACAAGCACAACAACAGCAGCAGCAACAAAACGAUAUAGAAUUAGCACUACGUGUAGCACAUAUCAAAAAUUCAAAUUAUCGUUUUCGUAUAACCGAUCAAUCCAAAAUAACACAAAUAAAUGGUUUCGGAGAACCCAUAAAUAACAAUAAUAAUAACGAUAAUAAUCUAAUGGCCAAUGGUGGUGGUAGUGUAGGUGUAGAUGGAAAUGAUACAGCCCUUACAAAUGCCGAAACAUUAGAGGGAGCAUCAGCAAAUACAACAACCCUAACAUUAACCAGUGGCAUAUAUACGACAGAUAAUCAACAAUUGACCGAAAUGACACAAACACCCAAAGCUCUGCGUAUGUAUCGUGAUGUUAUGCCUCAAGAUGAAUUGCCUCAAAUACCAAAAUACGAACGUCUUACUUCGUCUUGUCCGCAAAUGGAGAAAAUCAUUAGUAUACGCAGAAAAUUGUACGAUCCAACACAUUCUUACGAUUGGACGCCUCGUCUGUGUCGUGAUGAUUUUUAUGCGGCACCUGUUACAUGUUUUCACCACUCACCCGGCUAUGAUGUGUGGGAUAAUUUGGGCAUUGACAUGAAGGUGGAGGUGGAGAAUACAGAUUGUGAUCAGCUAGAGGUGAUACAGCCGGGUCAAACGCCGCAUUCGUUUUGGGUGGCCACCAUAUUGGAUAUACAGGGUUACAAGGCGCUCAUGAGAUAUGAAGGUUUUGACGACGAAAGCCAUGAUUUUUGGGUGAAUCUCUGUAACGCAGAAGUUCAUGCGGUUGGCUGGUGUGCAACACGCGGUAAACCUUUAAUACCCCCACGUUCAAUUGAAAAUAAAUACAAAGAUUGGAAAGAUUUCUUAGUGAGUCGUUUGUCGGGUGCAAGAACGUUACCAUCUAGUUUCUACAAUAAAGUCAAUGAAAGUAUGCAGUCACGUUUUCGCCUGGGUCUGAAUCUGGAAUGUGUCGAUAAGGAUCGCAUAUCACAAGUACGCUUAGCAACGGUCACAAAAAUUGUAGGAAAACGUUUAUUUCUACGAUAUUUCGAUUCGGAUGAUGGUUUUUGGUGUCACGAAGAUUCGCCAAUUAUACAUCCGGUGGGUUGGGCCACAACGGUGGGACAUAACCUGGCAGCACCACAAGACUAUUUGGAAAGAAUGUUGGCGGGCCGAGAAGCCAUGAUUGAAGUACAUGAAGAUGAUGCAACUAUAGAAUUGUUUAAAAUGAAUUUUACAUUCGAAGAAUAUUUCAUUGAAGGCAAAACAAAGACUUUUAUUGAAGGGAUGAAACUGGAAGCUGUGGAUCCCCUGAAUCUCUCCUCUAUAUGCGUGGCCACGGUGAUGGCUGUUUUAAAAUUUGGUUAUAUGAUGAUACGUAUUGAUUCAUAUCAACCAGAUGCUACAGGUUCCGAUUGGUUUUGUUACCAUGAAAAAUCACCCAACAUUUUUCCAGUGGGUUUUUGUGCAGCUAAUAAUAUCACCUUAACACCUCCCAAUGGCUAUAAUGUAAAUAAUUUCACCUGGGAAACUUAUUUACGUGAUACAAAUGCCAUGCCAGCUGGUGAACACUUGUUUCAUCGUGAUGUGCCUAAUCAUGGUUUCGAGGUGGGCAUGAGUUUAGAAUGUGCUGAUCUCAUGGACCCACGUUUAGUGUGCGUGGCCACUGUGUCACGUAUAGUGGGACGUCUGUUGAAAAUACACUUUGAUGGUUGGACCGAUGAAUAUGAUCAAUGGCUAGAUUGUGAAUCUGCUGAUAUUUAUCCAGUAGGUUGGUGCGUGCUAGUUAAUCAUAAAUUGGAAGGACCACCAGCGCCGGUACCGGCCCCCACAAAAGCAGCAGCUAAACCCAAACCUCAGAAGAAACGUAAAAAGAAGGGACCAAACACACCAGCGGCCGCUAAUAAAAAUAAUCAAACCUCAUCACCUCAAGACACUCAACCUCAAGUAAAAUCUCGUACAAUAGCUUUAAAGACAACACCCCAUCUGCCUAAGCUUAGCAUAAAAUUGGAAUUGAAACCCGAGCAUCAUAAUCCUGCCUUUUAUGAAAACACAAACGUCUCGCACACAACGGAAGUCUUAGCCGACGAUGAUGCUGACGACUGUGAAGAAUACGAUGAGGACAGCAAUAGUCUUUUAUCGAAUCAAUCCUCUUGCCUACAAAAUGAUCCCUUAGUUGCUGGUAAUGCGACUGGUACAGCAUCGUUAACGGCUUCCACGUCUCUCUUGGUAAAUCCGGCGGCUGCAGCAGCAGUGGCUGCGUCUACAAAUGAUAAAGUACGUAAAUCUAACAAAUCUAACAAAACUACCGUUAAGAAAACACAAUCACCUGCUCCACCUAUAGCUACACGUAAAGCAACUAGUUACAUUGGGAAUUCCUCCGUUAGCAGUACUAAAUAUAUACCACGUUUAAGUGAUUGUACGGACAGUGAUAAUAUUGCUGAACUUAUGCCAGACACCUGGAAUGUCUACGAUGUUUCACAAUUUCUACGGGUAAACGACUGUACGGCACACUGUGACACGCUGAGUCGUAAUAAAAUCGACGGUAAACGUUUGUUGCAAUUGUCAAAAGAUGAAAUUAUUACCCUGUUGGGUAUGAAAGUGGGUCCGGCAUUGAAAAUCUACGAUUUAAUACAACAACUUAAGUGCAAAGUGAAUCCUGGAAAAUCGCGUAUGCAUAAUAAGAAUAAAUACUUAUAGUCUACAGAGCAGAGCAAUAACAAUAUCAUUAAUACAACUGCAGCGACAGCUACAAAUACAACAAACACAACAAUGAUUAAACUUAAUUGGAAAUUGUUUAUAAAAUAGAUUUGUUAAAAAAUAUUUGCUUUUUUUUAUAUAUAGUAUAUAUACAUAUUUUUUUCUAGUUUAAGUUAAUUAUAAUGUUACAUUAAGAUAUAUUUUAAACAUUAUUUUAUUAUUCGAUAUGAAGUGUAUAAGGAAAACAUUGAAAAGAAGAAAAAAAAACAAGAAGAAAAAUUAAAACAAUUUCCAAUUACCAUUAAAAAUUGAAUACAAAACAACACACAAA